AUGGCGGCGCGGCUGGGCUGCGUGGUGCAGGUGCUGCUGCUGCUGGGGCCGGCGGCGCGCGGGCCGGCCUCGGCACGCGCCGCCAAGAUGAAGGUGGUGGAGGAACCCAACACGUUCGGGCUGAACAAUCCGUUCCUGCCGCAGACCAGCCGCCUCCAGCCCAAGAGGGAGCCUUCCCCGGUGUCCGGACCUGCACACCUCUUCAGACUGUCUGGCAAGUGCUUCAGCCUGGUGGAGUCCACGUACAAGUACGAGUUCUGCCCUUUCCACAACGUGACCCAGCACGAGCAGACCUUCCGCUGGAAUGCCUACAGUGGGAUCCUUGGCAUUUGGCACGAAUGGGAAAUCAUCAACAACACCUUCGCGGGCAUGUGGAUGAGUGACGGCGACUCUUGCCGCUCUCGGAGCCGGCAGAGCAAGGUGGAGCUCACCUGUGGAAAAAGCAACCAACUGGCCCAUGUGUCCGAGCCAAGCACCUGUGUCUAUGCACUGACAUUUGAGACUCCUUUGGUCUGUCACCCGCACUCUUUGUUAGUGUACCCAACCCUGCCGGAAGUGCUGCAGCAGCGCUGGGACCAGGUGGAACAGGACCUGGCAGAUGAACUGAUCACCCCCCAGGGCUAUGAGAAGUUGCUAAGAGCACUUUUUGAGGAUGCUGGCUACUUAAGGGCUCCAGGAGAAAGCCACCUCACCCAGCAUGAUGGAGGGUCCAAGAGCCUGGGGUUUGAGACCCUGGAAAGCUGCAGAAAGGCCCACGUGGAACUGUCAGAUGAGGUACAAAGACUGACCAGUCUGCUCGACCAGCAUGGCAUCCCCCAUGCACAGCCCACAGAAAACCCCCAUGCUAAGCACCUGGGCCAGCAGCCUCCCAUAGGUGUAACUUCAGAGCAGCUGCGAGGUGACCCAGGACUGCGUGGGAAUAGCUUGUGAUCCGAGUAGCCAUAAGGGACAAAGAAAUGGCCAGUCACAUGUCUCCUUCAGCACAGUAGCCAAGUGUGGCCCUCAGUGCACAGAAAGGAGCUGUGGUGAAGAUGUGGCUCCUUCUGGCACCUUCCAGGCCAGGCAGGACCAUGCAAAAUAAAGAUGUGCUCAGAGACAAAAUAGACUCAAAGUUUUAAUUCCCAGACUGAUAAAAAAUAAUUUCAUGAAUUCUGUAAACCAUUGCAUAAAUGCUAUAGUGUAAAAAAAAUUUAAACAAGUGUUAACAACUUUAAACAAUUCACUACAAGUAAAUGAGUAUGCAUUAUAAAUA